GUGAAACAUUUUACUCCAGAGCCACAGUGAAGAGCAGGAACGCUGCAGAAAGUCAAUUGGUUUACCACUGCAACAAACAUGAUGUCUUGGCUUCAAUCUGUAGUCAGAAGAUGGAUUCAAGUGAUAUACUGGUUGAUCGGUAUUGCACAAGACAUCGUGUUGUGGCCAUAUAAAAAAAUUGUUUGUAUAAGUAAAAAAGUACAGAUUCAAUGCAGGCAAAUUAUAAACUGUUUAUGGUUCAUCAUUGUGUUGUGGCCAUAUCAAAAAAUAGUUUGUAUAAAAAAGAAACCACAGAUUCAAUGCCAGCAAAUGAUAAACUGUUUAUGGUUCAUCAUUGUGUUGUGGCCAUAUCAAAAAAUAGUUUGUAAAAUAAAAAAACUACAGACUUGGGCCUGGUACAUUUUCAACUGGAUCAACAAAGCAAAAAGGAACAACUACUACAUAAUUCAGUCUGGGAACUCACGCAAUGCACACACAAAGAUUUUAAAAAAUCUCCAUGAACAUGUACCUGGUAUGACAGAGGUGAAUAAAGUGGAUGAGUGCGAUGUGAUUCUGGUUUUCUGCCCUAUUGUUUCACGGGCAGGAACUGACAUUGAUGCUGCACUGUAUCAACUUAAUGACUGUUCAGAAUCCAAACCAGCUGUUUUCAUGGUGCUCCAUCACACAUUUGACCGAGAGAAAGUUUUACCAGACAGCAGCAGAUUUAUAACCAGAGGAAACACACUCACUGUAAACUUUCUGUUCCACGAAGACAUGGGUUUACAUAAAUGUAAUAUGAACAAGGCGGCACAGGCCAAAAUUAUUCAGUAUUUAAACCGUCAGAACACAGGAUGGUAUAGAAAGAGUUAUGCGGAUAAAGAUAGCAAUGUUUAAAAACUGGAAAUGAAAAACUAAAGGCUGAUCUGUAAAAAUGGCUAUGAGAUCUGACUUAAACAAAUGCAGAGAAUGUACAAUAACUAUAGAUUUCUGAAAUUAUCAAUUCAACUUGUUGAUGUUGGUAGAGCAUUGCCAUGUAUUCUGUAUGUAUACAAUUUGUAUUGUGGUUAUAUGCACCAACAAAAUGUAGAACAUAAUGUACAAAGAGACUAAUUGUGCUACAUUGCCAAUAGCAUACUGUACAUCAAAACUGUGAUAUAACUACAUACAAUCGAAACUUAAUUGUGAUUUCUAUUAUUUAUGGAUGUGUAUAAAAUAAUUAUAAGCAUGUGAAUCUUUGCUGUGAAUGUGUUGAUCUCUUUUUUGGUGGGUUUAAUCAACCCUUGUGAUUGUAAAUAUUUGCCAUAUGCCAUUGCUGUGGAUGACUACACAGAAUGCACGUUCAACCACAGAAAAUGGAUUGUUAUUACAUGUAAUGUUAGGCUAAACAUAACGUAAUUAAAAAU